CCACCGCUUCGGUUGUUUCUCCUCAGCUCUUUCCGCGGGAACUCUGCCUGGGGUGGGGGCAAUUUGAAAGUUGGAGACAGCUGACCCGGUUCUUUGCUGAACCCAGAGACAUGGCUAGUAAGAAACUAAGACGAGUGGGUUUAUCCCAAGAACUCUGUGACCGUCUCAGCAGACAUCAGAUAAUUACCUGUCGGGACUUUUUAUGCCUGUCUCCACUGGAGCUUAUGAAAGUGACUGGCCUGAGUUACCAAGGCGUCCGUGAACUUCUGUAUGUGGUCAGCAGGGCCUGUGCCCCUCCAAUGAAAACAGCAUUCGCCAUGAAGACUCAAAGGUCCACUGCCAUCUCCCCCUCAUUCCUCCCCACGACCCUGUCUGCUCUGGAUGAAGCCCUGCAUGGUGGUGUGGCUUGCGGAUCCCUCACAGAGAUUACAGGCCCACCAGGUUGUGGAAAAACUCAGUUUUGCAUGAUGAUGAGCAUUUUGGCCACUUUACCUCUGGACAUGGGAGGAUUGGAGGGAGCUGUUGUCUACAUUGACACAGAGUCAGCCUUUAGUGCUGAAAGGCUGAUUGAGAUAGCAGAAUCCCGCUUUCCCGGAUAUUUUAACUCCGAAGAAAAAUUACUCUUGACAAGCAGUAAAGUUCAUCUUUACCGGGAACUCAGCUGUGAUGAAGUUAUGCAAAGGAUCGAAACUCUGGAAGAAGAAAUUAUUUCAAAAGGAGUUAAGCUUGUGAUUAUUGACUCCGUUGCUUCUGUGGUCAGAAAGGAGUUUGAUACUCAACUGCAAGGCAACAUGAAAGAAAGAAGCAAGUUCUUGGCCAGAGAAGCAUGCCUGCUGAAGUAUUUGGCUGAGGAGUUUUCAAUCCCAGUUAUCUUGACGAAUCAAAUUACAACUCAUGUGAGCGGAGCCCUCACUUCUCAGGCAGACCUAGUGUCUCCAGCUGAUGAUAUGUCCCUGUCUGAAGGCACAUCUGGAUCCAGCUGUGUGGCAGCUGCCCUAGGAAACACCUGGAGUCACAGUGUGAACACUCGGCUGAUUCUCCAGUACCUUGACUCCAAGAGAAGGCAGAUCCUCAUUGCCAAAUCCCCUCUGGCUCCUUUCACCUCGUUUCCCUACACCAUCAAGGAUGAAGGCCUGGUUCUUUAAGAAUCCUACCCCUCACGGGUGCAGGGCCCUUCUUUAGUGUAGUAUCUGCUCUCUUUUGAGUGGUUGGAAGCACUGGACUCGGAUGUGUUUGUUCCCAUUAGUGACUACUAGAUUGUGAAAGAUCCACGUGGGAGAAGAAUCUAGGUCUCCUGUCAACAGCCAGCAACAGCUGUCCAGGCUUGUGAGUACUAUCUUGAAGCCUGCAGCUCAGGCGAACCUUCUGACAGCCACAACUUCAGGGAGCCAGAGAACUAUACAACCUAGCCAUUCCUGAAAUGCCACAGCAUGUGGAGAUCUAGCCAACCAUUAUCAUUGUUUUACCCCAACAGGUUUGGGGGGCUUGAUUAUGCAGCAAUAGAUAUGUAAAUAAUACACUGUUUCAAAAGCAAAGGCGUAAGUAUUUAAUAUGUGUUUGCUAGCUCAUUUAAUGAUGUAUUUGCUUUAUGCAUAAAUUAAUAUUUUGAAAUUGACUACAAUUUGUUCAGUUAAAGUUUUAAAAUAACAUAUUCUAUUGUAAAAAUAGCUGUACUGUCCAAAACAAUCAAAACUUAAUGAGAAGAGUAACAGUGUUUUACAUUUUUUGCAAAUCUCUUUAAUGUCUGGCUUAAUAGAAGACAGCUGGAUGCUCAUAUCUACUUCUGCAUUCAAUCAGCUGUGAUGAUGUUGUUUUGGUUGAAGUGUGUGAAGGAAAUCCAGCUCACGGAGAUGGGUUGCUGGGAAGAGAGGAAUGUAUUAAUAGUCUUUUCAGAUCGUUGUGGUUAUUCUUUCUCGACACUCUACCAAAACUGGACAGAUGGGAAUUUAUUAAAGGUUACUUGCAAUGUGGAAUCUGAAACUAUAGCUGUGAACUUUUUGUACUCAGUUACGUUACAAUCCAUUUGGUCUGGCUUGCACUUCAAAUGAUCUUUUGCCCAUGCCCGAUUGUGUAAUGUUGUGCAUGGGGUCAUUUGGAAAAUAUUGCUUCACACUGCACGGUGCCGAUCUUCUGAAUUGGGCUGGCAUGUAGUCAUGAUGAAAACUGAAAAUUCACAUUUGCUAAUAGCACCACUGAGCUCAUCAGAAACUUCUGGCUGUGUCAGGUAGGUGUCAAGUUCAUGCUGUCAGAGAUGAGUUUUCAAAAAUUCUGAUUGGGGAUGGAAGCCCCAAUUUAGAAAUUUUGGCAGUCACCAGUGUCUUUCCUGAUGUGACAAACUCACUUUGUCCAUUUCGAGGAUGUACCUGCCAGAUGAUGAGCUCCGAAUAACCAGGUUAUUCAGUCCUUUGGACUUCACAGAGAGUUCCUGGACAGCGGGUAGUUCAGCCCACAAUGUGAAGUCCCCACACAGGUGCUUUUCCUGGAGACAAUAUCCUCCUGCAGGGAGCCCUAGAAGGGCCUGAUACCUCAUUUCCAAUUUGCCAGGCAGAAGGGGAAAAAUUAGCAUGUGCUUUGGGCAAAGUUCAUCAAACCAAUAAUUUUGACCACUUAAUCUAGAACAUUCUUAAGUGGCUUCCUUUAUUAUUAUUUUUCCUGUGAAUUUGUAGCAGUGAACAAUACUGUGAUUGCCAUCCUAGUCUGGUACCAGCAGUUUUACCAAAAUGUCAAACAUAGCAAAGUGAGUACAAGCACAUGCUGACCUUGUAAUGGAGCCUGCAUAGGGUCUUGGGGACCCGUGAACCUCACCCAGAUAGCCACCGUCUCAGGGAAGUUAGGGUCAUUCCAUGACCUGCAGUAUUUAUAGGUGAAUGUGCUGCAAACGUGCUGCAGGCUGAGACACAGCCUGCCUUUGCCUUUGUGCAAAAUUUUAAUGGCCACCAUUGUUGCAUAAGCUGGCAAACAUAUCAUUAGAUGUCAGCUUUCCUUGUGGGUGAAAUAGAUAAAGGACAGGUUCUUUAAUUAAGGGAGAUUAAGAUAAUCUUCAUGUUUUUUGUCGGUCCCACUUGGAAGACUCUGAGAAAUUCCUCAGGCUUUCAGUGUUGAAUAAAUAAAGUCA